AUGGCCAGUAUGGACGUCGAGAAAGCUGGACCGGGUCUGGCGCCAGAAGGUGAAGCACUGUCUCCAAAUGACAAUCUCGAGGACAGAACUGGACCGCUGUCGACUGCUCAAGAAUGGUUCAAGCGGGUGGAGAAGACGCUGCUCCGCUACAAUGUCGAGUCUCGCGGCAUCCAGCGUGUGUUGCCAGCCCAGCGCCACACGAUUGAACAUCUGGGCUUCACUCAGAUUUGCAUGCUAUGGGUGUCUAUCAACCUCGCGGCCAACAACACCACCCUUGGUAUGCUAGGACCAACAGUCUUCUACCUGCCGUUCCUAGACUGCUGUCUAUGUGCUGUGUUUGGGAUGCUGGUCGGCUGUUUCCCAGUAGCCUAUAUUGCCACCUUCGGACCGCGGUCUGGACACCGGACAAUGAUACUGUCAAGGUACAUCAUGGGCUGGUGGCCGUCGAAGCUGAUCGUGGUCCUGACCCUGAUCAUUCUGCUUGGCUACUCACUUUUGGACGUGAUCAUUGCUGGCCAGAUACUCAGCGCCGUGAGCACGAAUGGCAGCUUGUCGAUUAUUGUCGGCAUCGUCAUCACCGGCGUGCUGACGUGGGCCAUCACGACUUUCGGUUACAGCGUCUUCCACAUCUACGAGCGCUACGCAUGGCUUCCACAACUCAUGGCCAAUAUGAUCCUCGCAGGCGUCGCGGGGCCUAAGUUCGACCUCUACUCGAACCCCGGAGCUGGCCUCGAUGCACGGACUAUGGCUGGCAACCGCUUGAGCUUCUUCAGCCUGUGUCUCGCAGCAGCCAUCACAUACUCCUGCGCUGGUGCAGACUACUUCGUAUAUUACCCCGAAAGCUCGCCGAGACUGAGAGUCUUCCUCGUCACCGUCGUUGGGCUUUCAAUUAGCUUCACUGCUAUGUUUGUCAUUGGCAUUGGUCUGGGCUCUGGCAUUGCGUCGAACCAGGCAUGGAAUGACGCCUAUGGUGUCUCUCAGGGGGCGUUGAUUCGAGAGGGCUUCCGACCGCUUGGGUCAUUUGGCUCCUUCUGCAGCGUUCUGAUUGCGCUCGGUCUCAUCAGCAAUUUAGUUGCUCCUACGUAUGCUGGAGGGAUAGAUUGGCAAGCACUUGGCAGGAACUUCGAGCGCAUUCCCCGCGUAGUCUGGAAUACCAUCUCCGUCGUCAUCUACACCGUCUGCGCCAUCGCCGGCCGCGCCGCUCUGGCGGCCAUCUUCACCAAUUUCCUGGCCUUGAUGGGAUACUGGGUCUGCAUCUGGAUCGCUAUUGUGCUUGAGGAGCACCUCAUCUUCCGCAAGUAUCUUGGCCACGGCUGGGAUUGGGAUAUUUGGAACGAUCGUCACAAGCUCCCGAUGGGUAUUGCUGCGCUGGUGGCUUUUCUGGUCGGAUGGGCGGGUUCGAUUCUGUGUAUGGCGCAGGUGUGGUACAUUGGGCCGAUCGCGGCGGAACUUGGCGAGUAUGGCGGCGAUCUUGGGAACUACAUUGGCUUUGCGUUCGCCGGGGUUGUCUACUGGCCUCUGCGCUGGUUUGAGCUGAAGAAGUUUGGAAGGUGA